AUGGACACGGAGACUCUCCAGCAUGCAGUGGCCAUGUCCUCCCAAUUCUUGCAGACGGAGCUGGCAAACCUCGUCCAGGAGUCCAGGAGAAAGAAUGCCGACCUGCGAAAUGCUGCCGAGCAGUCGCUCAAUGAGCUAAAGGCACUGCCUUCCACUUCGGAGGCUCAGAUAUCCGCAGAUCUGGCUCGCCGGCCAACCUUCGUCGACCCGUUCAUCAUUGCCUGCCAUACGCGCCAUGCGAAGCUUGCGGGAAUUGGCGUCAUCUGUCUGCAGCGAUUGAUAGCGUCUCGAUCGUUGCCGUCGGCCCGUUUGAAAGAUGUCCUUGAAGGGCUCAAGGAUACGACGAACCUAAGCCUCGACAUCCAGUUGAAGAUUCUACAAUCCUUGCCGUCUAUCUUGCAGUUUUACUCCACUGACCUCAGUGGGGAGCUUCUCGCCAGCACAUUGGAAAUAUGUGCGACCUUACAAGCCAGUAAACCCCUUUCAGUCUCCAGCACCGCGGCUGCCACGCUCCAGCAGCUGGUGGUAUCAAUAUUCGAACGAGUUUCAACCGAAGACAACGUUUCCGAUGAUUCCAAAGCCACCACAACCGUCAAGGUGAAUGGCAACUCGAUCGAGGUGGCACAGUUUGCAUUUGAUGCUUUACAGGUUCUAGACGAUCUUUGUCGUCUUAUCGAUGGUGACCAAUUACGGUUUCUGCGCAUCAAAAGCUUGUCGGUAGCUUUUGUACUCGAGUUGAUCGAGAGUAUUAUCACCAACAGUGGACGCCUGUUUGUCGGACACCCUGAGCUGUCUCAAGUCCUGCGUGUUCGGUUUAUUCCACUGGCUAUCCGAUAUCUCUCCGAGAGACAUCCCUUUGCUCAGACUAUUCGAGUCGCCCGGAUCCUCCUCGUGAUUCUCAGGCGCCACAUGUCUCUUUUGACAGCGGAGUGCGAGAUGGUGCUGGGCCUGCUGAUACAUCUCCUCGAGCCCGAUGGGACCACUCCCUGGAAACGAGUGCUGUGCAUGGAAGUCUUCCGAGGACUGUACGCAGAGCCAGGAGUCGUGCGACAAAUUUAUUCAUUGUACGAUGGAGUCGAAGGCCGAAAGAAUGUCCUUCGCGAUCACAUGGCUGCGCUUGUUAAGCUGGCUUCAGAGAAGCCCUCCUUGAUCGGUGUCAGCAAUCAGUCAACGGUUCCCACACGAGCCGACCACUCAAGAUCAGCCACCGAGGACCAGAUUACUCUUGAGACAGGUGGCGUUACCGGUGUCAUCGGGACGACAGCGCCAGCGAACGAGACAAGCGUGUCCGGUAUCAGCACCCAAUGGAGUGUGCCUCGCACUGCAUAUAUAGAACAUCUCGACAAAUCGGAACCGCCACUGCCUCCGGACACCUAUGUCUAUAGCCUUGUCCUAAACUGUAUCAGCAAUUUCGCGGAAGGCCUUGCCAAGUUUAUCCUGCCCCUGACAGUUCCGGAUUCAAAGCAAAAGCGCAAAAACCGACUCCUGAGUCCUGACCAAGGACCCGAAUCUGCCAGAUCAUCCCAGGAGCUUUCCAGGGCUGAUUCUUGGAGAGUGCAGUCCAACACACGGUCUAAAAAACCACCUGUCCCAGUCAAUCCUCUUGAUUUGCAGUCGCACACUCAAUUUUCUGCCAUCAAGACUUGCGCCUCAAUAAUUGAUCAUUGCUGGCCUGCGGUGCUGGCGGCUUGCUCCACAUUUUUACAUGCGUCAUUGGACGAUGAGUAUUACCAUAACCUCGUCCGCGCCUUCCAGAAGCUGGCACAUGUCGCCGGUCUGCUCAGACUUUCUGUGCCCCGGGAUGCUUUUCUAACAACUCUUGGGAAAGCGGCUAUGCCUGCGAGUGUUGGCGGCCCAAAGUCGCAAGCUCCUGGGACUCCCUCCCCUUCUGGCUCGCAGCAAAACGAUAGCCCUCAGAGGAGACGAAAGAGCUCAGAUCUGUCGCGUAUCAACUCGACUCCAGCAGAUUCUCCGCUAACUUCAUCAAUGGAAGGGCCCUCGGUGACCUUGAGUACAAGGAAUCUUCUUUGCCUUCGGGCUUUACUCAAUCUGGGGAUCGCCUUGGGUCCAACUUUAGACCAGCCGGCCUGGUCAAUUCUCCUCGAGACAUUACAGUACAGUGGACUGGUAAUUGGCAUGUCCACGAGUGCAAUGGUCAAAUCGGCCAGCGGCUCUGGGGAAUCUGCCCCAGUUCCCGGGAAUGAUGUGCCCACUGCUAAUCUCGGGGCAGAGGUCAUUGCAGUUCAGGCAGCAUCCACAAAGAUGUUCGAAAGCACUAGCGACUAUCCUAGUGCCUCCUUCAAGGAGAUUCUGCUUGCCCUGUUGAAACUCUCUGCAUUCACUGAGCAAGACGAGCCGCAAGAGAUGGCACAGAAGGCGUCGGACUCUCCCGAGUCGCCUCAGUCCACCCGAAAAGCUGGUCGCUUGCAUCAAACCGCCCGGCGUGUAUCACACACGGUAGGCAGAUCAAGGAUGCAAGAUGAGGAGCUAAAGUUCGUUCUGGAGAAAGGAAAUGAGCUAGCCAAGGCAAAUCUUGAGAGACUAUCCUCGCUCGACGAAGAGGAUAGUGCAGCGUGGCAACUUUUGACUCAAAGCCUCAUUUCCAUCUCGGUAAAUACGGCAAUUAGCCCCAACCUCCGCCUGCAGGCCAGUGGGAUCUUGAACUCGCUCGUGUUCUUGACCAUGAAACCAGGAGACGGAGCAGACCCGACGGUCCAGAACAAGAUUCAAAUGAGAAACUUGCAGACGCUCAAGGAUCAGGUUGCCUCGCUUUAUACAUCACAUUCGUCUUCGGCCAAAUCUCUUCCAGUCACCGUCGUCGAGAUCCACGAACAUAGCCUGGAAGUGCUGGGGAGUAUCCUGGAACAAUAUGCAGAGACUUUGGUGGAUGGUUGGGGUCUUAUCUUCGACCUGAUUUCUGGUGUCUUCUACAGUGAUCUUGAAACUGGUCAACCAACUACGGCUACGGCACGCAAAGCAUCUGCUCUACCGGCCGGCCCUCGUCUGGUCCGAGCUGCCUAUAAAUCACUACAGCUGGUCGCCUCUGACUUCCUUUCUCUACUUCCGGCGCCUUGUCUCCUCAGUCUCGUGAACUCCUUCUCUAGUUUUGCAUCACAGACCCAAGAUUUCAACAUCUCUCUCACCACCACCUCUUUCUUCUGGAAUGUAUCCGAUUUUCUCCAGGGGCAAAUCGAGCGAUUCUCCAUCGAGAGCCAUGUUGAUGCCUCCGUCAGUGAAGAAGAGCUAGCCAAAUUGGCAGGGGGCGAGGAACCAUCCGUUUCACGGAAUUCACUCUGGCUGCUGUUGUUGCUGCGUAUCGUUGAUAUCUCGACAGAUAGCAGGCCAGAGAUCCGAAACAGUGCGAUUCAUACAUUAUUAAGGAUCUUCGAUGCUUAUGGACAGCAGCUUUCCCCGAAGGCCUGGCGUCUGUGUCUCAACAGAGUGCUCUUCCGGAUGGUUGAGGAAGUCGAGAAUACACUCUUCCAGUUCAAGGACAAACAAGAUGGCCUGAAAGGCGAGGACCUCAAGUCGUGGGUGGAAACGACUGUCGUGAUGAUCAAGGGGGUUUCGAGUCUGAUGACGAAUUUCUUUGAAGUCAUCGUUCGCGAUGACAAAUUCGAUCAUUCCUGGAACCGGCUUCUGAAAUAUCUCCAGGCGUUAGUCGAUCUGCAUCUGCUAGAAUUCAGCGAAGCAACGUUCUCCAGUCUCUCGGAGAUUCUUCUCAGGGUGCAAGAUACGAUCAGCAAAGAUGCCCUUCAAAGUGCGUGGCGCCUCUGGGCGGAUGGUCACCCUGCCGAAGACCAAGCCAUGCUGGAGCUCGACCAACCCAACCAAGAUGCCGCAAUGGCCUACUUGCGUACUUUCCAGCAGAUCUACCGUCUUUACAAAUUUCAUCUAGAUGCGGAGCACAUCGAGAAGGUGCUUCAGCAUCUGCGUCUGCUCAUCUGGAACUCUGUUUGCCCGCGCUACUCUCCAGACGUCGAUCGCCCCUCGGCCGUGCAAGAACUGGUGAUGGAAUGCAUCAAAACCCUCUGUCGGGAAAAACACGACUCGCAGCCAGCAAUCCUGUUGUGUCUGGCCGAUCUGUCCGAUUCGGCGCUCUCGAAAUGGAGCCUCGGGGCAGACAGCAGGCGGCCAGCUUUUGUGGCAUUCUCCAAAAACGCCAUCGAUCUCAUCAGCUGGUACAUCACCGAGUUUGGCAUCAAGAAGGACAUCUUCUCCAAUGGCGCACUUGCAACGGCUCUCGAACGCCUCAGCGCCCCAAUCAUGCAGAAGUACAUGUGGCAAGGAAAAGACCGCGAACCUUUCCUCUGGCAAAAGGCCACAACUACAUCUUUGAAUGUCCUGCAAGUUGCAGUCCCCUACGUGGAAAAGCAGUACACCGAAGCCAACCAACACGAGACAUCCCGAUUCUGGCAGUGUGUCGUCGAUAUCACCCAUGGCAUCGUGUCAGCUCGCGGCUUCCAGAUGCAGCAAUUGUCGAGCACGCGUAUUCUGGCCGACCAGUCCUUCGACAUCUCCGCCUUCAUUCGGCUGAAGACACUCAUCCUCCCAUCCCUAGGCGCCCCCGCCAUCCCAGACUCGAUCCGACGCGACUUUGCCUGCGCACUCUUCCACUCCUCUUUCAUUUACGCCCCGCAACGCUUCGACCUCCCCGCCUCACGCAUCGAGGAAGCGCCUCUAAAGGACUUCUACACCAUCCGUCCAGGGCGCACCUUCGAUCAGCCUCCAACGCUGCGCCCGAAGAUCGCCUACGUCCUCAUCGAUACCCUCUUCGAGCUCGCCUCCAGCCCCCAUGACAAGAACCCCAAUGAGCCCUCCCCGCACACUCUCCUCGCCCGCUCCAUCUCUCCCUAUCUUCUCCUCCGCUGCGCCAUCUCGCUCAAAUCCUACAUCGCAGACCAACCACUGCGCGGUCUAAUGCCGCAGCCCACGCCAGCGCGCAAGGCCCUCUUACAUCUUUUGCUGCAUAUGGUCCAGUUAAGGAGUGAGCCGUCUGCUAUCCCGGACCCGCCUGCCAUCCAGACUGUCUCUGUCGUAGCGUCAAGCGCCAAGACGAGGGGUUCUACGUCUGCGCAACAUUCCCGUCGACACCUUGAAUGGCUGUAUCCGCUGGUCGUUGGAGCGGUGCAGGUCGCUGGCAAAGAGCGUGAUGAUGGGCAGGUUCUUCAAGCUUUGGGGAAGGUGUUGCAGGAGCUUGGCCUAGUCGAGGACGAGGAUGUGUAG